CGCGCGUGGGCGCACCGGAGCGGCGGUGUAGGUAGCCGCCAUGUUUCUGCCGCUAUUGCGUUCUUGAGGGUGUCACUGAUGACUGGCUAUUGCGGCUACCAGACGCUCUGGACACUUGGAACGCUCCUGAGUUUGCGGCUAGGUCCGCUUCCUGAAUGGUACCAGGAUCCUCCACUCUGGUUUCUCUUGGCUGCCCCGGAGCCACCUCCAGCCCCCGCCAUGGCCGUCUUUUUCAAUGUCAGGCGGUCUAAGUUCCCCGCGGUGAAAAUGGAGCGCGGUGAGUCGUGCCCACGGCAGUGCACCUGGUUUUGCAGCGUGGGCAGGUCACAGGUGCAUAUUCCAUGGGGAUUUGAGCCAGCGUGCACUCCCAUAGCGCGACUGAGAUUCCAAGUCACACGCAGGAGUUCUGGUCUCGCAAGUCCGCCUCUGCUGUCAGCCGGCACCCGACUCUUCAGGUCACAGCCCACGAUUUAGAAACGCCAGCACCCCGGUGAAUGCCCACGGCUCCUCAGCUUUAGCUGCACCGACGUCUGCACCACGCCCGUCAGCUCAGCUGCAGCCUGACUCUGGGUUGGAAACUUUUUAUGGUAGAUGAGGCCUGUAACUACCCAGAUGGAAUCAAGACGCAAUAGCCCUCGUCGAGGGAUGCUCAGAUGAGAGAUCCUCAGCAUUUGUGUCUCUGGAGAAGCCAAAAGCGGCCUUUGAGCUCUUCAUCCCUUGCUCUUCCCAAGAAGCCACUCCUUCUGCACACGUCCCUAAAUGUAAGUAAGUUCACAUCCUAUAUAAGCCCCUACGUAAAGUCACUGAUCCAUUUCCACUGCUGCUGUCUCAUCCGCUGCUCUGAAGUCUCAACCAUGGUGCCCUCCUUUGUUGCCAUCUUCAUUUUUGGACUUCUGGGUUCAAACUCAGAAGGAGUCACAGAUCCUAGACUGUGGCUAUGCCAGCCAGCACGCAGGUGUGGGGAGUUGAUCUACAACCCCUUGGAGCAGUGCUGUGAUGACAGUGUCAUCCUAGACUUGAACCAGACCCGGCUCUGUGGCUCCAGCUGCACCUUCUGGCCCUGCUUCCAGCACUGCUGCCUGGAGUCUUUGGGCUCUCAGAACCAGACAGUUGUGAGGUUCAGGGUCCCAGGCAUGAAGCCAAAUUGCAUGUCCUCUCCUAUCACCAGUAUCUGUGCCCAGGAUUACCACCCAAAAAGCCCUCUGUCAAGAUCUGACCUCAUCUAGACUGUCCUGGGGUAGCAGAGUCACAGAUCACUCUAGAAUCUAAUAUUUGGAGUGGGUUCAUUAUCACCGGAGUCACAUCCUUAUAAAGGAUGAGUUC